UGUCGUCCAACUCGAAUGUACUCAUUCAUCAACAAGCCUUCCCCCAACAUUUUACCUUUCGUUCUCAUUUUCUCCUCUCUCCCUCUCUCACCCUCUCUCUGAUUGGACACACAACCCAUUUUCAAAAUUUUCUGUCAAAAAUUUUAGCAUAUUCAGAGCCUCUUUGUUUGGUGUCUCUGAAAAUUCUUGUGAAGUGUUUCCUCUCGUUUUCUCUGCCAAACACCCAUCUUCUGUCUGACAAAAAUGGGUUUUUCUCAGAACUGGAUUUUACUUACAGUUUCAGUCAUUACUGCUGCUUCAGCAUUAGCUUGCCCCAGUGAACCCUGCAAGCUAUUGGAUAAAUGCUCAUCUGACCAAGAUUGCAAAGAUGGACUCUACUGUUUCUUUUGCAUUGAAGACUUUUCAUCUUCCAAAUGUGUUAGAUCUUCUGCUACGAGCCAAUUCAAGCUUCUGAAUAAUUCUCUGCCCUUCAACAAGUAUGCAUUUUUGACAACCCACAAUGCUUUUGCUAUUGAUGGCUAUCCAAUUCAUACUGGACUCCCUAGACUUACUGUUACCAAUCAAGAAGACACUGUCACUCAACAGCUAAAUAAUGGAGUUAGAGCCUUGAUGCUCGACACGUAUGAUUUUCGAGGAGAUGUUUGGUUGUGCCAUUCAUUUAAGGGACAUUGUUAUGACUACACUGCAUUUGGGCCUGCUAUUGAUACCUUGAAGGAAAUUGAAGCAUUCUUAUCGGCAAAUCCAUCAGAAAUUGUGACAAUAAUAUUAGAAGAUUAUGUUCAAGCAUCUAAUGGAUUGACAAAGGUGUUCACUGAUGCUGGUUUGAUGAAAUAUUGGUUCCCUGUUACAAAAAUGCCUAAAAAUGGCAAGGAUUGGCCUCUAGUCAGUGACAUGGUAAAAAAUAACCAAAGGCUUCUUGUUUUCACUUCAAUUAAAUCCAAAGAAGAAAGUGAAGGAAUUGCUUAUCAGUGGAACUACAUGGUGGAAAAUCAAUAUGGGGAUGGUGGCAUGCAUGUGGGAAGUUGCCCUAAUAGGGCAGAGUCAUCUUCUCUUAGUGACAAGAGUAAAUCAUUAGUUUUGGUAAAUUACUUCAGGACAAUUCCCAUGAAGGAACUCACGUGCAUUGAUAACUCAGGAGGUCUCAUUAACAUGCUUCAUACCUGUUAUGGUCCUGCUGGCAAUAGAUGGGCUAACUUUGUUGCUGUGAAUUAUUACAAGAGAAGUGAAGGAGGAGGAUCAUUCCAAGCUGUGGAUACACUCAAUGGAAAGCUCUUGUGUGGAUGUGAUGAUAUACAUGCAUGUGUG